AUGCAUUCUUCGGCUCUUCUCCGCCUCGUCGUCGGCAGCUCGGCCCUCAUUGUUGGUGCCCAGGCCCAGCAGUCGUCUGAGCUGCCCAUCCCUUCGAGCGUCGCGCCCUCGAGCGUCGCGCCCUCGAGCGUUGCGCCUUCGAGUGUUGCGCCUUCGAGUGCCGCUCCCUCGAGCGUCGCUCCUUCGUCGGCGCCCGCGUCCUCGGAGGCCGCCUCGUCCUCUCUCGCGGCUUCUGCCACCGCCACCGUCACUGACACCGUCACUGACACCGUCUACCCCACGCCUACCAGCUUCCACUAUGAGCCCACCUACCACCCCGGCCCCAAGCCCACUCUGACCCAUCACUACACCAUUGACAAGUGUCAGAAGUACCACGGCAAGGACUGCUACCCCGGCCAGGUGUACACCAAGCACUACGAGCCCAAGCCCUGGUACUACGAGGAGUGCACGACCUACGUCAGCUACGUGCACGGCGUCGCCACGACCUGCACCGACACGUACACGCGCACCAGCUGGUACGACCAGGAGAAGACGACGAUCAAGCAGUACGAGCACAAGCAGACGUACUACGAGACGCACGGCGCCGCCACCGUCACCCUGACCAAGGCCGUGCCCACGCAGACCCUCGUGCCCAUCUACCCGACCCCGGUCGUCCCGGUCAAGCCCGAGCCCGUCCCUGUCCACCCCCCCGUCAACCCCCCGGUCAAGCCUGAGCCUGUCCCC